CUGUGAAUGAAAAUCCAGCACAGAGAGAGAGAGAGAGAAAGAGAAAGAAAGAGAGAGAGAGAGAGAGAAAGGAAAGGACACAGCAUCUUCCUUGGAGCAUCUCCUGAGAGUAUCCAGGCACUAUGAGUAAGCUCACCUCCGAUGAGUCACCAAUCUCCAGAGAGGUUCCCAGGCCAGAAGAAAAAGACAAAGUCGAAAACCCCAAGAAAACAGAACCGGAAGAAGAAGAAAUCGAUAUCGAUUUAAAUGCCCCGGAAACCGAGAAGGCCGCUCUCGCCAUCCAAGGAAAAUUCCGACGUUUCCAAAAACGGAAACAAGACCCCAGUUCUUGAGCUUUUCCGGAGUCUUCCCACCUUGCCUUGACACGCUUUUCCUUCUCCUGGUCCCCGAAACCCCGCCGCGAUUCCAUUUCCUCUUCCCAUCCCGACGAAGUGGGGGGGCGUUUGUCCUCUGAUCUUCAAUUAAUUUUAAUUUUUUGCACGUCCUGGAGAAAA